UCCCAAUAUCCUGCCCUGAGAACAGCCACUACGAAGCCUGUGGAAAUGCCUGUCCAGCAACCUGCUCUGACCGUUCUGCUCCCAGCACCUGUAAGAACACCUGUGCGCAAAUCUGCCAGUGUGAUGAGGGCUUUGUCCGCAGCGGUGAGAAGUGCAUUCCGGUGGACACCUGCAGUUGCAUUUACCAAGGCGUGACCUAUAAGGCAGGGGAAGAGUUCUGGGGAGAUGAAGACUGCCAGAGUCAUUGCAAGUGUGAUGCUAAAUUAGGCAGGGCUGUAUGCCAAAAGUCUUCUUGCAAGGGCAAGACAAAAUGCCGCGUGGUCAAUGGUGUCCGGGGUUGCCAUGCUGUCAGUUACAGUACCUGCAUAGGAACCGGAGACCCUCACUAUAAAACCUUUGAUGGGAAGAAAUACGACUUCAUGGGAACCUGCAUUUACCAAAUGGCUGGGCUCUGCUCCAUGGAUCCUUCCCUUACCCCAUUUUUGGUCACUGUGGAGAAUAACCACCGAGGCAAUAAGGCAGUGUCCUACACCAAAGUGGUGACCCUGGAGAUCUACAACUUUACCAUCAGUAUGAGCCAAGAGUUUCCCCAAAAGACCCAGGUCAAUGGCAUCUUUGUGGAACUACCCUUUUCCUAUGAAAAUAAACUGAGCAUCUACCAGACUGGAGUUCACGGCUUCAUCAAGACAGACUUUGAUCUGAGUGUCAGCUUCGAUUGGUACAGCUACGCCAGGGUCAUCGUUCCGGACUCUUAUGCCAAUGCACUCUGUGGCCUAUGUGGUAAUGCCAAUCAAGAUCAAAAUGAUGACUUUCUCAUGAAAGAUGGAACACAAGCAGAGGAUGAAAUUCAAUUUGCAAACAGCUGGAAGAUAAAAGAUAUUCCUGGCUGCUCUUCUGGGUGCACCAAAAACUGCCCAGUGUGCAGUGAUGCUGAUAAACAAACCUACCAAGGUCCAUCCUACUGUGGGAUUCUUACAAGAAAGAGUGGGCCUUUCAGGCAAUGCUAUGAUGCCAUUGAUCCUCAAUCUUAUUUUGAUGAUUGUGUCUAUGAUACCUGUGUAUACGAAGGUCACCAUAAGGCCCUCUGUAGUGCCAUCAGCUCCUAUGUGACAGCAUGUCAAGCUCAAGGCAUCCAAGUUGAGCCGUGGAGAUCACCAUCCUUCUGCAGUAUUUCUUGCCCACCCAAUGCCCACUAUGAGCUCUGUGGCAGUGGUUGUCCAGCUACAUGCAAGAGCCUCAUCUCACCCCAGACGUGUGAUGUUCCAUGCCUGGAAGGAUGUUCUUGUGACUCUGGAUUUAUCCGCAGUGGAGAUCAGUGUGUUUCAAAGGCCAAAUGUGGCUGUUUCUACCAAGGCCGAUACUACAAGCUGGGAGAAGAGUUUUUUCCCACCACUUCCUGCCAGAAAAAGUGCAUCUGCGUGGAUAACGCAACCAUAGAAUGCCAAACGUUCUCUUGUGGAGCUCACGAGGAAUGCAAGAUUGUAAAGGGCAUUCAAGGCUGCCACCCCUUAGGCUAUGGGAAGGCCAUUGCGCUGGGUGACCCUCAUUUCCUUUCCUUUGAUGGAAGGCAUUUUGAAUUCUACGGCUCCUGUACUUACGCCUUAGCCCAAGUCUGCCAGCACAACCCUCAGCUCCAGAACUUCACUGUGUGGGUAGAGAACGAGAAGCUUGGUCCUUUAGUUCGAAUCCGGAAUGUGAAGGUCUUCAUUCAUGGUUACACAAUCACCCUUCAGAGGG